AUGGCCAGUUACCAGCACAUCCAACUAGCAACCAAGCCCACAGCCCAAAUAAGCUAUGGGUUCCACGAGCCUGUCUCCACCCCCAGCACUGUGCUAGUCGUCUUCUUGAAUGGAAUGGGUCUUCCCCAAGCAUCGUGGGCCGCUUCAAUUACCCAACUCCAAGAAAUCAGACAAAGCUCAACCAUUCCGGCCCUACUCACAUACGACCGUUUCGGCCAGGGCGAGUCGACAGAUCGCGACCCGCAAGACAAAGGGUCCUCUGAUCCGACCCACGGCCACGACUGUCUGAACGUAGUCAAGGAUCUCCGGCAACUAAUUACCCAGGUUGCCAGCGAGAAGCUCGGCGUGGCAGACGUGGACAGCCUCUCCCUCGUGCUGGUGGGCAAUUCCAUCGGCUGCCCACUCGCCCGUCUCUAUGCGCACGAGUAUCCCCAGACCGUCGCCGCGCUGCUCUUGCUCGAUAGCAAUAUCGCCAAUACGGACUUUGUAUCUGUGUUUCCGGACCCAGAUGCAGAAGGCUUUAAUCCUGAUACUCUUCCGCCAGAUGUAACGCCAGAUCAUCUGCGCGCUACCCGCACAAGCGUGGGGAAGAUAUUUCAUCCUGAUGUUGGUAGCAACGAGGGUCUCAGCCGCAAGAACCUCCCCACUCUGUUACCUGCGAGCGAUGGGCCUAUCCUAAAGGGCCCCAAUGAUCAUGGACCCUUUGUUACUGUCGUGGGACACGAUUUCGAGACUUUUGCGGAAGAAGCCACCAAGAUCGGAUGGCCGAAGCCUGUGACCAUGGCAUAUCUGAAUCCGUUCUGGCAUAAGUAUAACGAAGGACUGAUUAAGAUUACGGAGGGAGCGAGGAGUAAAGGGCCACUGCAGGCGCCGGGGUCGGGGCAUUUUAUUCAAAAGGAUAAUCCGGCCUUUGUGGCCCAGGAGUUGGAUGAACUUCUCUCGAAGGUGCUACAGUGA